AACAAGAAAAUUUGUGGCGAUGAGCUAAUAAAUAGAUUCAGAGGAGAAAUAGAGAGCGAGCGAGGGAAAGAAAAGAAAAAAUAAAAAAAAAAUAGAGAAAAGGUAAAAUCGAUUUAUAAUUUUUCGAGAAAAUUUUGAUUUAUUAAUAUCCGUAAUUCCUUAAUAGCCAGCCUCUUCCUCUUCUUCUUCUCCCCAGUUUCGCAUCAUUCUCUUCGUUAAACCACCACAUCCUCUGAAACCCUAAUCUGGAGAAUCGCCGCCUUCUCUAGAAAAUAUCUAUUUCUACACCUUCUUCGUUUGAUUUUCCAGAUACUGAUGAAACCAGAUCGGAUCUUUCUCUAGAUCCGUUCUUGGUUUAUCGAUUUCUUUCUAUCAAUCAAUCUCUCGCAUCCAGAUGCUUUUUGCAAGUUCUUGAGGUAUCAUAAACCGACAGAGAAAUGUCGCAGGUUUCGAAUCCAGAAGAAGAAGACGAUACGAUUGAAAUCCGCGAGGUUUGGAACCAUAAUCUUGAAGAAGAGAUGGCUCUGAUUGAACAGGCCAUUGACGAUUUCCCUUACGUCGCCAUGGACACAGAGUUCCCAGGAGUCGUUUGCAAGACAGUUACGGCGAAUCCAAGCCCAAACCCUAAACACUACGAAUUCAACUACGAAACCUUGAAGACGAAUGUGAACAUGCUUAAGUUGAUUCAGCUAGGUCUCACGUUAUCAGAUGAGAAAGGAAACUUACCAACCUGUGGAACUAACAAGCAAUGCAUCUGGCAGUUCAAUUUCAGAGAAUUCAAUCUCAAAUCCGACAUGUUUGCCAUGGAUUCCAUCCAACUCCUGCGUGAGUCAUACAUCGAUUUGGAGAAAAACACCGAAUGCGGUGUAGAUUCGAGGCGAUUUGCUGAGCUUCUAAUGAGUUCAGGAGUAGUGCUUAACGACAAGAUACAGUGGGUGACAUUCCAUUGCGGAUAUGAUUUUGGAUACUUGCUGAAACUCUUGUCCGGGAAAGAAUUGCCGGCGGAGGCAUCGAAGUUCUUUGAUCAGGUGGAGCGUUUUUUCCCGGUAGUGUAUGAUAUGAAAUACUUGAUGGGAUUCUGCGCCCCACUCUAUGGAGGUCUGGGGAGAGUAGCAAAAUUACUUGGUGUUAAAAGAGUUGGGAUUUGUCACCAGGCUGGAUCAGAUAGCUUGUUAACAUUGCGUGCCUUCAACAAGAUGAAAGAGAUCUUCUUCACUGGUUCUCUGGACAAAUACUCUGGUUUUUUGUAUGGAUUAGAUAAUCCUCGGUUGCUCACUGGAACCAAAAAUUAAAAUUAAAAAACAAAAUUAAAAAUUUAAAACUGUUUUGGUGUCUUUUUGUCUGAGAUGUUUAGUUUACGUUUUAGAUUGGGCUAUGUGCAUUACAAAAUAGGUGCUUAGAGCGAAUAUGAUGCACAAGAAUUUAGCCAUUAAAAAAGUUAUCCAUAAUCUUAUUAGUCGAAGAAAUGUAGAAGUAAAAUGAUGUAUUUAAUAUUUGGUUUA